UUCAAGUGGAGGUUGAAGCCAUUGGCCACGUACGUCACAAAACUUGGUUAGCCUUCUAGGAUACUGCAUUGAAGGAAUGCACAUGUAUUUCCCCAUUUGGCAGUCCCUGAUAGUCCUAUACCUUUUCUGGGUACGAAAUAUGAAGCUUUAGAUUGUUCAAUUACUUUCAUGCGCAUGUGAAGUAAUUGAAUGAGUAUUCUUGUUUAGCAUUUGAAAAUGCUUUGUUCUAAAGCAUCACCACAAGAUGUUGGUUUACGAGUAUGUCAACAAUGGAAAUUUGGAACAGUGACUUCAUGGAGCCAUGCGACACCACAUGUAUCUCACUUGGAAGGCUAGGAUGAAGGUUCUCUUUGGGACAGCUAAAGCGUCUCUGAUUUUGGUCUGGCCAAACUCCUUGGUGCCGGUAAAAGUCAUAUCACAACUUGAGUCAACCUUUGGGUAUGUGGCUCCUGAAUAUGCAAAUACUGGUCUCUUGAAUGAAAAGAGUGAUGUUUAUAGCUUUGGGGUAGUGUUGUUAGAAUCGAUCACAGGAAGAGAUCCUGUGGACUAUGGCUAG